AUGACUCCUCCAUUCAUCUACCUACCCAUUCUGACGACUCCUCCAUUCCUCUACCGACACAUUCUAACGACUCCUCCAUUCCUCUACCGACUCAUUCUAACGACUCCUCCAUUCCUCUACCGACCCCUUCUAACGACUCCUCCAUUCCUCUACCUACCCCUUCUAACGACUCCUCCAUUUCUCUACCGACUCAUUCUAACGACUCCUCCAUUCCUCUACCGACUCAUUCUAACGACUCCUCCAGUCCUCUACCGACUCAUUCUGACGACUCCCCCAUUCCUCUACCUACCCCUUCUAACGACUCCUCCAGUCCUCUACCUACCCCUUCUAACGACUCCUCCAUUUCUCUACCGACUCAUUCUGACGACUCCUCCAUUACCCUACCGACCCAUUCUAACCACGCCUCCAGUCCUCUACCAACCCAUUCUAACGACUCCUCCAUUCCUCUACCGACACAUUCAACGUUUCUUCCAGUCCUCUACCGACACAUUCUAA